UUGCGCCUGCGCUUUUGAUGUAAGCAGAACUCAGACGCCGGCAGUCGCAUAAGAAACUCUGCGGCAGAUAGUCGACUCUACGGUGCGCUAACCACCGCUAUCGGCCGGUCGCUUUCUCGAACGUAUUUACGAUAAACAAAUAUUUCUAUAUUAUUUUUGUCCGUGUCCUGUGAAUAGUGAAUAUGGUCGUGUGAUGACAAAUAUAAUAAAAAUAAUGUCCAUUUAAAUUUUACGUUUUAAGACUGUUAAAAAUAAAUAAACUGUCCAAAUGAAGAUGACUGUAAAUCGAAUAAGAGUGGUGGUGCUUGGUAGCCCGCGAAGUGGAAAGUCGGCGGUGGUUGUGCGUUACCUCACGAAGCGGUAUAUUGGAGAAUAUAGUUCGACGGGAGAUUUUCUUUAUCAACAUCGAGUGGCAUUCGACGGAGCAGUAUCAGAAGUUGAAAUUCUUGACACCUCAAACUGUGCCAUACGUGGUUGUCUCGGCGAGCACGUGCGAUGGGGGGACGCGUUCGCGGUAGUGUACUCGGUGUGCGAGCGGCGGUCGUUCCUGGCGGCCGCGGAGCUGCUGUCGCUGCUCGAGCGCACGCGGCUGCCCGGCUGCGCCGCUGUCACCCUCUUGGGCAACAAGCGUGACCUCGAGCACGCAAGGGAGGUCCACGCAGAAGAGGGCCAAGAGCUAUCGCUCCGUUUCGGGUGUCAGUUCUACGAAGUGUCCGCCGCGGAGUCGUCAGCGGGCGCGGCGUUAGCGUUCCACGCGUUACUGCGAGAGGCUCGAGCGUUAGCGCUGUUACUGCCCGCGCCCAGGAGGAAACUGGCCGCGUAUUCUGUUUCUAAGGUAAUCGGCACAAUAUUCGGAAAAAAUAGCAAGAGUGUACGAAAAAAACGACCAUCGCUUAGUAUCUAAUUAUUUAUAUUUCCAUUUAUAGACUGCGUUUAAAAUAUAGUUGAUGAAAAAUAUAGUUUUGUAAAAUUGUGAUAAUUGUGUAUCUCAUACAUUAAGGAGGCUUUGUUUAAAACAACACGAUUGUUGACAAAAUUUUUAAAGUGAAACUUUUAUUACAUCGUCUCAAACUUUUUGGUCUGUGUAGCGCAUGUCGCGUGACGCACGAUACGUGUACGAUAAUUA